AUGUCUGGUAUCAAGGGACCAGGUGAAGUGCAGACAUACGAUGGCUCCCAUCUACGCAUAGCCAUCGUCCACGCACGCUGGAAUGAGAAAAUAAUUAGCGCUUUGGUCGAGGGGGCUAAGAAGAGCAUUCUCGCUGGCGGCGUGGAAGAGGAAAAUAUCGUCGUUCAGAGCGUCCCUGGUAGCUACGAGUUGCCAUUCGCAGUUAAGAAUCUCUACGAAGCCACAGAUAAAGUAGCUGGAGCCAGACCAUUCGACGCAAUCAUUGCGAUAGGCGUGCUUAUCAAGGGCGAGACAAUGCAUUUCGAAUACAUUGCUGACGCAGUUAGUCAUGGACUGAUGCGUGUGCAGCUUGAUCUGGGUGUUCCUGUGGUGUUUGGGGUGUUGACUGUUCUCAACGAUGAGCAGGGCCUGGCUAGGGCUGGACUAUGUGAGGGUGGGAAAUCACAUAACCAUGGAGAAGACUGGGGUAGUGCAGCUGUUGAGUUGGGUAUUCAAAGGGAGGCUGCGUUGGAUGGGAGGAUCGUGUAG